CACAGAAAAAAUGGGCGGUGCGGAAGGCACCAAAUUGGAUUUGGAUUUUAUGGACAUGGAAAGGAAAACGGACGUCACAGUUGAAUUAGUUGAAGAGCUUCAGCUAAAAACCAAAGAAUAUUUACAACCAAAUCCAAAUGCUAGAGCAAAAAUGGCAGCUGUUAAGGGCAUUUCAAAAUUGUCAGGGCAGGCAAAAACAAAUACAUAUCCCCAACCAGAAGGGGUGUUGGGAGAUUGCAUGUUGACAUAUGGAAAGAAACUUGGCGAUGAUACAGUUUUUGCAUUGGCGCUCAUUGAAAUGGGUGAAGCCCUCAAACAGAUGGCAGACGUUAAAUAUUCACUUGACGAUAAUAUUAAACAAAAUUUCCUAGAACCUUUACAUCACUUACAAACCAAAGAUCUUAAAGAGGUUAUGCAUCACAGGAAAAAACUACAAGGUCGGAGACUAGAUUUUGAUUGCAAAAGGAGAAGGCAAGCUAAAGAUGAUGAAAUUCGCCAAGCGGAGGAUAAAUUUGCGGAGUCCUUGCACCUUGCGCAAGUUGGAAUGUUCAAUCUACUUGAAAACGAUGUAGAACAAGUUUCACAAUUAGCAACGUUUGCUGAAGGACUUUUGGACUACCAUCAGCAGUGCACAGAGAUAUUAAAGAAUUUAACAGAAACUCUUCUAGAAAAAAAAGAGGAAGCAGCAAGCCGACCGAAGAUGGAGUUUGUGCCGAAAACUCUAGCGGAUUUGCACAUCGAAGGCGUUUUAGAAGGUGGUGUAAAUGGUGGGAGACACACGCCCUCCUCCGGUUCCCUUUCUAAUCCCUACGGCUCAUCUAAUAAUAUUUCAUUGUUCAAUAGCACACAAAAUAAUCAAAACAAUAGCAGUCAGAGAUUUACGUCUUCCUCGAGUAAUAUUUCUAAUCAGAAUAACAUAAGAAAUACACAAAUGACGACAGGAUCUCAUAGGAUAAUUGGUUUCAAUCCUAGUAUCAUUAAUAAUUCCAAUAGCAACGGUAGUAAUGGCUUUUCAAACAAUAAGAAUAAUUAUAACAACUCGACAAAUAAUGAUUUAAUGAAUGGAUGGGACGCAUUUCAAAUGCCACCGCCAUACCAGGCUAAGAGUAAAAAUAAUGUUCAUGAUCCAUGGACGACAGGCGGCUCGUCCAACGCCGGAUCGCCGGUGAAUAAGCCAAACACGUUGGAAUUAUUCCCAGGGAACGGGCAGGCUCCAAAGUCUGCAAAUGCUUCGCCGCUACCGUCUCCAAUGAGGUCUCCAGCUAAAACGCCGCAAGUUAAAAAGCAACCAUGCUGUACUGCUUUAUAUGAUUUCGAACCUGAAAAUCCAGGAGAACUUGGUUUUAAGGAAAACGAUGUAAUAAUGCUGUUGAACAAAGUCGAUGAGAACUGGUAUGAAGGCUCUGUGAAUGGACGCACUGGCUACUUUCCUGUUACGUAUGUACAAGUUACGGUUCCUCUGCCAUAAAAUGUUUAAUAUUUGAUUUGAACACCAAGAUAAAAAGUACUUGAAACCAUCUUGAAAGAAAUUGCAAGCAAAUGCAAGUGUUAUUUAGUAGUAAUAUUGGAGCAGAUAUUGUUUUACCUGUUAUCUAUAUGAUUACUGUCUGCAUCGUUUUCAGUCAUGUAAAAAAAAUAUUAUGAAGCAUAAUG